AUGCUGGCUAUGUAAGAAGACCGUCCCCGGCGCACAGUACUAGAUCCCUGUAGAUAGGUUUGGCCCAACGCGUGCAUGUUCGCUUGGCGGGUUUGGUUGACUUGUUUGUUGAUUGUUUCGGCACCGGUCGGGGCCCGCUGCCAGCGACCGGACGCAAAUCGCACCCACAGAAUUUUCACCCCCUCCCUGAUUUCCCCUGCCUGCCCCCCUCCUGGCUGGCCAAUUCACUCCCGUCCCCCAGCUUCUUGCACGGUUGUACCUUUCGGGCAUUCUGCUAGUUUCUCCGGUCGAUUUGCUUUGGUAGUGACCCGCCCCGGACUAAAUGCGGCUGACUAACACCCUUUCCACCCGGGCACUAACUACCUGCUAAGUGAACUAGUUCCUCCCUGCAACUGGCGUGUCUUGCCUCAAGCGUGAACGAACAGAUCCCUUUCGUUCCUCCCUGGAUGGCUUGAUCACGGUCGUCUCUCGGCGGGAUUGAACGAUGGGGUGCUAC